CGCUUUUCCGGUUUGUGAGGCAUGGCAGAGAAACUGAAGGGAAAGCAGCCGGAAGACUUAUUUCGAGAAAUUUUCUGUAAGUGCGAAAAACUUGGCAUUACCCCGGAGGAAUUUUCAAAAUUACCUUCUGUCAAAAAGUUGAGGGCUAAAAAAGCAUGUUGGGCAAAACAAGUCGCAUUUUGGCUUGUUGCGGCGUUAGUUCUCGUCGCUGCGUUUGUAGUUUCGUUUGGAUCCGAACCGAUUGCGAUUGUCAUCGCAAAAGCAUGGUUUUACUUCCGCGGUUUCGAUAUAGAAAAUGAGUUAUGCGUUCUAAACAUGCCACCCGAAGUUCAGAAUAUGUUCAUGCCGCCUGUUGAUUGCUCUAUGUGCCGAAAUCUAACAGAAGUAGAAAGAGUGACGAAUAUAUCACCGGAAGAUUUCGAGAACAGAUUCGCUUAUUCAGCUGUUCCUGUGAUUGUAAGCGACGGAACAAAGAACUGGACCGCGCUGGACGUAUUCAGCUUUGAAUUCUUUCGAAACCUAUACCUAGGAAAGGAUGAAGAGGAAAUUUAUUGGGAAACUGAGAGAGAAUGUCAGUUUUUUCCCUAUCAAACAGAAUUCGACAGUUUGGCUGAAGUCCUUUCGAUGAGCACGGAAAGAGCUAGUAAACCGUGGUAUAUUGGAUGGAGUAACUGUGAUAGCAAAAUCGGAAGCAUACUGAGGAAACAUUAUCGUAGACCUUAUUUUCUUCCUCUGCAGUCAGAAAGUACGAAUAUUGAUUGGAUAUUUAUGGGCACACCAGGCUAUGGCGCGCAUAUGCACAUUGAUCACGUUAAUAAUCCUUCAUGGCAAGCUCAGAUUAAAGGUACCAAGUUAUGGACUCUUGAGCCCGUUCCAGAAUGUUACAAUGAGUGCAGAACAAUAGAGACGGAAGUCAGACCAGGAGAAGUCAUUGUCCUGGAUACCAAUCGUUGGUACCACAAAACAUUAAUCAUUGGAAAUGACCUGAGUAUCACUAUCGGAUCCGAGUAUGAUUGAUAUCCAAUGAUGAUGAUACUGCUACAGCAGGAUCUCUUAUGAUUAUCCUAGUCAAAGACUUUUGUGAUUCCUACAGUGGUUAAGUUCCAGAAAAUACAGUAUUGGAUCCAUUAUUCUGCACAACAUUACUGCAAUGAGUUUAUUUUUUCUGUGAUCCUACAUCAUAUGUGAUGCGAUGAAACAAGUAUUAAUAAAUGUUUACACUGCUUGGUCCAUUUAUUUGCCAAAAAAAAUCACAUUUAAAAUAAUACUUCAGAGGUAUUCCCGGUAUAUGUAUGUGAGUGUGGAUAAUCCAACAUUAAAUGGCUGUAUUAUAAAUUUAUCGGAUGUGUCGAACCAUUAAAUUCCGGAUUAUCGAACUUGCCGUAGUAUUUUAUAUUUAUUUAAAAAGGCUUGUUUGAAAAUGUAUCACAUGCUAAGAGCACAUUUAUCGGCUGUAGUAUAAAAUAUUUCUAAAUAGUUUGAAUGACUUAUUUUACAGUUGUAUGUUUUGUUAACAAAUUAAAUUAAAAAAGUUAUGUGAAUUUUUCGACAA